CACAGCAAUAUUUACAUCACAAAAUGGAAGUCGACACACGUACCCCAGCGACAUUUAAGACGACAAUUUCGCAGCAGCCAUUCUACUAUUUCCAGAUCGUACUGGUGACAGAAUCGGCGCAACCGGGGCCCCCCAUCGACAUGGUGCAGCUCCGGAGCCACCUGGCCACAACACUGAACCAAUGGCUGGGGGCAAGCGGCGGCGGCACGCCUAUUGACAUUCUGAAAUUUGACGGCACCACGGCGAUCAUCCGGGUUCCGUUCGACGACCACCGGGGCGUGUGGCAGGCGCUGACGGUUGCGACGUUCAAGAUGGCGGGCACGGGCGAGGCGCGGUUCCAGGUGCUGCGCAAUUCGGCGUUUGCCAUGGGCGUGGCAGCGUCGAGUCGGGCGACAUACAAGACCGUGUAGCAUUUUUUUGUUGGAGGGACAUGAGAA